UGGUUUCAGGUUUGAAUGAUUGUUACAGGUGAUGACGCGUACGAUAUUUUGACUGGAAAGUCGGUUUCUCUUAAACUUGGGAUAAUCGGCGUUGUGAAUAGAUCUCAGAAGGACAUUAACAACGAAAAGCCUAUAGAAGAAUGUUUGAAAAAGGAGAGUGCCUUUUUUAAGCAAAAGUAUCCUGAUCUGGCAUCAAGAAUGGGAACUUCAUAUCUCCUGAAAGAACUAAGCAGCCUACUUCUGGACCAUGUGAAGAAGUGUCUUCCUAGUGUAAAGGUCAAAGUGCAGAGGCAGAUACAAGAUUGUGAAAAUAAGCUGGAGGUUACCGGGAGCCAAGUGGACGACUCCGAUGAAUUCUUGCGAGAUGUCAUUGCUCAAUUUUCUGAUGCAUUUUGCAGGAAACUAGAAUCCCAGACGCCAAAUAUUGAGCGCGCAGCACUGUUUGGUGGCGCUCACGUUUCUCACAUUUUCAACCAACUGAAAAAGUCCCUUCAAGAAGUCUCUCCUUGCGAUAAGUACUGCGUUGAAGAAGUUGUCAUGGCGAUCCGGAACGCCGACGGGACUCGCCCUCCGAUCUUGGUAUCGCUAUAUGCUUUCGAGGCGCUCAUGAAACCACUCAUAGAGAAGAUGCUGCCACUUUCCAUCGGCUGCGUCAGAUUGGUCAUGGAUGAGCUGCAGGCUGUCUCCGAGGACAGUCUCCCCAAGAAGGUGGAAAAGUUCCCUAUCUUGAAGCAGGAAACCGACACGAUCGUGAGAAAAGUCAUACAGGAGUGUGCAGUCAAGGCCAAAGAAAUGAUUAAGGAUCUGAAUGAAAUCGAGCUUGGUCACAUAACUUACGAUGAAUUCGAAUGCAUCGAAGAGUUGUUUGCAAAGACAGCAGCAGAUGCUACACUGACACUGCCUUUUAAAAGUGAUCCUGACUUCCUGAACAGACUGACAGAAAAUGAAGCUGUCAAAAUAUUUCCCGACCUCGUAACAGAGAUAGAACCUAAGCAUCAAAAGCAAAUCAUGGUUCUGGGGAAAAUGUUGAAACAUUACUAUGACGUAGUCGCUAAAACCGUCAGUGAUGGGGUCUGCAAGACAAUUAUGACCUAUUUGGUGAACAGAGUCAAGAGGAACCUAGCUGUGCGACUGAUGACUCAUCUCUUCCAAGCGGACCUGCAAGAUGAUCUUUUCCAGGAGGAUGAAAAAACUGUGCAACUGAGAGCCGAAACUACGACAAAACUUGAGGUUUUGAAGAACGUCGAGAGAGUGCUGUCAAAUGUUCUGUGACGACAACUGCUUGCAAUCCACAAGAAACAAUUCUAACUUUGCUUUUCAAACUAUGUUAAGAACGAUGUUGAUAUUCUAUACGACCACGAUUUGAGUCAUCGGUAGCACUAACUUUUUUACUUGCCCAUCAC